AUGGUCUCCUUCAAGUCUCUUCUGACCGCCACCACCCUGGCCACCGCCGUUCUGGCCAUCCCUCAUGGCGGCCACGGCCAUGGCAGCCACAAGCACCGCUCCACCCACGUCGCCUCCAAGCGCGGCUCUUCCUCCAAGCGUGGCGCUGCCUACACCUCUGUCUCCAACGUCCACACGCUGACCUCCGGCUCCUCCGGCAACGGCACUGUCUCCUGGGCCUAUGACUGGAACAUGUACGCCGACGGCAGCCUUCCCAGCAACGUCGAAUACGUGCCCAUGCUGUGGGGCAGCAAGAUGUUUGGAGGUUGGUUGACCGCCAUCGAGACUGCCCUUGACAGCGGUAGCAAUUACAUCAUGGGAUUCAACGAGCCCGACGCCUCCUCCCAAGCCUCGAUGACUGCUUCCGAAGCCGCUAGCUCCUACAAGAAGUACAUUACUCCUUACUCUGGCAAGGCUAAGCUCGUUACCCCUGCCGUCACCAGCAGCACCACCGAAGGCGAGGGUCUCAGCUGGAUGAAGUCCUUCCUGUCCGAAUGCAGCGAGUGCGACAUGUCAGUGCUGGCAGUCCACUGGUACGGCACCACGGCCGAUGAGUUCAAGUCCUUCGUGCAGGAGGCUAUGCAGGUGGCGGACGACAACGGACUGGACGAGACCUGGGUGACUGAGUUUGCCCUCACCAGCGGUGAAUCGUCCGACGGCGAUCAGACUUCAGCGGCGGACUUCCUCGACGAAGUUUUGCCGUGGUUGGAUAGCCAGAGUGGCGUGGGACGGUAUGCGUAUUACAUGUGUGCAGACGGCUAUCUGCUCAGCGGGGAAGAGUUGAGCUCCAGUGGAAAGGUCUACGUUGCAUAG